AAUACACCGCCGUUGUCACUGCGACAAGUAUUUUUCGGUUCUCACUAAGUCCAGCGGAUUAUAAACAGUUGAAGCGGAAUCCUGUAAAAGGGCAGCUCGGGGAGGCGUUGACCACAAGCCCACUGCACGUCCACCGCUAACAGUGACCAUUCAGGGACGAAAGUGAUUUAAGUCAUUCGGAUCGAACUACGCCGGUGAUCAAGUCCCCGUGAGCAAGCGGAGUAAUCUCUCACUGCGGAGCGAGUCACAGACGACAGAAACUCGGUUGCACUUGAUACACGCUCGGCUCGGAAAACUCGCAAGGACUAGCGCUGAAAUGGCAGACCAGCUGACAGAAGAACAGAUCGCUGAAUUCAAAGAGGCUUUCAGCCUUUUCGACAAAGACGGCGAUGGCACCAUCACAACCAAGGAGUUGGGAACCGUCAUGAGGUCACUAGGUCAGAACCCAACAGAGGCAGAGUUGCAAGACAUGAUCAACGAAGUAGAUGCUGAUGGAAACGGAACAAUAGAUUUCCCAGAAUUCCUCACCAUGAUGGCGCGAAAGAUGAAAGAUACGGAUACAGAGGAGGAACUAAGAGAAGCAUUCCGAGUGUUCGACAAGGACGGCAACGGUUUUAUCAGUGCAGCUGAGUUGAGGCAUGUCAUGACAAACUUGGGCGAGAAGUUGACUGACGAUGAAGUAGAUGAAAUGAUCAGGGAAGCAGAUAUUGACGGCGAUGGACAAGUAAAUUAUGAAGAAUUCGUUAAGAUGAUGACAGCGAAGUGAGAGGCGACAGUAUCACGUGACCACCUGUACAGCAAUAUUGUCCAUCAUCCUGUGCUCGGUCUGCAAGCUGUCAUGAUUGACAGCAAAGACGUCAUGAAUAUCUGACCAAUCAAGAACGCUUGCCUUAUCGUAUUAACUAUGCUUUUACAUUGUAAAUAUCCCAUACUCGUGUGUAUAUUUUGAUAAUGAUUAUUUAUCCGCCCUCCUCUCCGUUUUUCUAAAUCUGGUUCUCAAUUAUACAAAUAUCAUUAGUUAUUCCUGUAUUCAUCUAUAUUACUGAACGUUUUCUCUUAUCGAAUUCUAUACAUCGAUAAGUUUCAUGACUACUCUUGAAUUUAAUCACUCAACAUCGAUCUCUUCCUGUUAUCAUAGACUGUAAUAAACCCUUCUCAUUAUAA